CUCCUUACUCGCGGAUUCAAGGGGUUAAUAAUAAGAGUGCCGGGUACGAAUAUCGCGCUUUCAGUCGGCCCGCAGCAUCUCUGGCGGCCGCGUUCUUCUCUAGUCCGUGCAACAACUCGAGUACUCCUUCUCGCAAAGAAACGACAACGAGACGGUAGAACGUGUGUGUCGUGUUAAUAAUGCUCGCGACGAUCGACUGAGAUUUUCUCGGACGAACGAGCGUGUGCGAGUGCGUCGACCGCCGCGAUCAGUGAGUCGAGAAACUCGACUCGAGAGACAAUGGAUAAGUCGAUCGUAUCCUGUGUACUUCUCGUCUUCCUGCACGUGUUCCUUCUACCUUGCGAAGGGCUCGUCGGCGCGAGUGCUAAUCGAGGAUACGUCUUCACCGCGCCAAGGAGAUUUUUGGCCGGCGAGAUCGAGAGCGGCUGUUUAUCUCUGCACAAUUUAGAGCCUCCGGCGCAUGUUAUACUGGAGUUGCUAUCUCCAUCAACUACGAAAGAUGAAGUAUUGGCCAGCACAAGCAAUGUCAUCCAGACAGGGAUAGAAACGUGUCUGGAACUGGUAGUACCACGGACGGAGAACUUCAAAGCACGAUUGCGAUUGAAGAUCACAUUUGAUAAGUAUCCCGAUUAUGUCGUAGAGACAGAGAAGGAAGUUUACAUCGAGCACGAUUCGUUAAUCACGUUCGUGGAGACUGAUAAACCGGUCUAUAAGCCGGGGCAAGAUGUAAACAUUAGGAUCCUUAUGUUGAAGCACGAUUUGAAGCCUUGGAAGAAAACGAUACCAAAAGUAUGGAUCGAAAAUCCGUCCGAAAUACGAGUAGCACAAUGGACCAACGUCAGUACCGAAAAUGGAAUGGUGCAAUUGAAGUUUCCUCUAUCUCCGGAACCAAGCCCGGGCACCUGGAAAGUCAAAGUGGAAAAGAACAAGCAACCGCAACUGGUUCAUACAACAAUGUUCGAAGUGAAGAAAUACGUCCUUCCGAGAUUUCAAGUGACCAUAACUUCACCAGGAUACAUUCUCGCGGAUGCGGAGAACGUUACUUGGAACAUAUGUGCCAAAUACAGUUACGGUAAACCUGUAAAAGGUACUUUACUCUUAAAAUCCACGCCUCAAACACCGAUGUGGAGACGAAAGUCGAAUCUCCCAGAAAUACAUUACGAAACAGAGCUAGAUUCGCCGGACGGUUGUACAGAAUUUGUGCUGUCAGGCGCGGUGCUUGGACUAGCUCAUUGGAAAGUAGCACCAAAUAAUAUCGUCCUCAUAGCAAAUUUCACCGAAGCUGGUACCGGUAUAGUAGAAACGACAACUAGUCGGACCGUGGUUGUUCAUCAAGCUUUAAAAUUAGAAUUUCUGCCGUAUACACCCAAGUACUUCAAAUUAGGUCUACCAUACCACGGAAAGCUACGCGUCUCGCGACACGAUGACACCCCAGCACCACAUGAAAAGAUUCAACUUUGCUUGCGAGUGCGCGGCAAGGAUGAAUGGCUUCGCGUAGUAGUAGAAUGUCGUAACUUCACGUCAUCAUCCGACGGCUUCGUUGACUUCAUUGUGCCACUAUCACAUCGGAAUAUCGUUUUGCUGAGUUUCGUUGCGACGGGUAUCGACUAUCCCACGAAGUACUAUUCACCGGACACACGUUGGCGAGUUUUUAUGGAUCAACCGUCAGCGCACAUCGACGUAAGUCCUUGGUAUUCACCGUCAGACAGUUAUUUGGCAGUAGCUAGAGGUUACCAACCAAUCGUCUGCGGGGAAAAAUAUUCUUUCAAUGUUAUGUACACGGUGCCGGCGAAGAGUAAGACAAACGAAUCUAUUUCUUUCCAUUACUCAAUUAAUUCCAAAGGAGAUCUAUUGAUAUACGGCCAUGUGAAGCACCGGCCGACCAGAGACACAGUUCUGAAUUAUUCGGAAUUCCGGAACUUGUUAGGUGCCGUCGAAACGCCGGGAAACAAAACCACUCAGGACACCAUCGUUCACAGAUUCCCUCUAAGCGUAAAGAUAACCCCGUCUAUGGCGCCCAUCUCAGAAUUGCUUCUCUACUAUAUUCGUCCAGACGGCGAGAUUGUCGCUACUACGUACUCAAUCGAAGUAGGACAUUGUUUCGAGAAUAAGGUGAAGUCCGCCUGGCACACCGACGCCCAGACUCCAGGAACGGCUACCCUAUAUCAUGUGGAAGCCGCCCCAUGGUCUCUUUGUGGUAUUUCGGCAGUUGAUAAGUCGACUCGCUUCUUGGGAGGAUCCAAAUCGAAUCUAAUUGAUGCAGAACGAAGCUUCGAGCAAUUGAAGAGAUUCCAUAUCGAGCCAGAAACGCGGCCUAUUUGGACAUGGACACACUGCAAAACGACGAUGCAGCAUGAAAGCAAUACCGAGGAAGUUGACCAUCUACCGAUUCCCGCUUUGAGAGAAUUACCUGUUUGGUCGCGCUUGAGAAGUAGAAGAACCACGAUUCUCCACGACUGGAAGAAUCACGGAGACGUGAAUUAUGUGGAUGCUGUACAAGCGUUUGAUGAUUUCGGAGCUAUCGUGAUGAGCGAUUUGAUAUUGGAAACACGACCUUGUCCCCAAUUUUUCUGGCAGGCAAGAGAUUUUAUUGGUGUCCACAAACUUGUUCUUCAUUCUGGCACGGAACCUGUAAUUAAUAAGGCAAUGAGAACAUUACCCAUGGCAGUUCCAUUACUCAACUUGAGCCCUGAACAGAGUUACGUGGAUUCAAUACCCGAUCAACCUACGACUCUCAGAUCCUAUUUUCCUGAAACUUGGCUGUGGGAAUUAAUACCAACCGGAAAAGAAGGUAAAGUGACUAUAGAGCGUAUUCUGCCUGACACUAUCACUGAUUGGGUUGGAUACACCACGUGUAUCUCACCUACACAUGGUCUCGGGAUAGCUCCACCGACAACCAUCACGGGCUUCCAACCGUUCUUCCUCGAUUAUAGUCUACCAUAUAGCGUGAAACGCGGCGAAUUGUUGCGCAUGAAAGUUUCCCUGUUUAAUUACAUGCAGCACAGUUUACCGGUAAAAAUCAAGCUGGAGGACGCAACGGGACUUGACUUGCAUUUGUCACACGCAGUUGCUUCGUUCUGUGUGAAACCUCGUGAUAGUGUGGUUCACGAAUAUAUCCUCAGACCGCGAGUUCUUGGUGAUGUUAAUAUCACGGUUUCCGCUUCGAUCGACUCGGACUACGCCGAACCAUGUGGUCCAGAAACGCUUCUAUAUACACAAGACGUAAUUGUGAAGCCGAUACUUGUGCUACCGGAGGGGUUCCCCGUAGAAACGACCAAGUCAGCAUUCAUCUGCCCGAAGGAUUUCAGCGACGAUUCUACCAUCAGUUGGGAUCUUGAUUUACCGGAAGACCUAGUGCCCGAGAGUGCGAGAGCAUACGUAUCCUUGAUAGGAGACAUUCUAGGACCUGCUCUCGAGAAUCUCGACAGUCUCGUUCGUUUGCCACUUGGCUGUGGCGAGCAAAAUAUGAUUCUUUUUGUUCCUAAUAUUCAUGUGAUCGGUUAUUUGGAUGCAACCGGUGUCGAAAAUCCAGAACUACGAGCGAGAGCGGUGAAGAACAUGGAAAAAGGAUAUCAGCGUGAAUUGAUAUACAGACAUCCAGAUGGUUCGUACUCCGCAUUUGGUCCGGAAAGCUCAGAGAGUUCAAUCUGGCUCACCGCAUUCGUAAUAAAAUCCUUCGCUCAAGCAAGAAGUAUAAUUCACAUUGACGAACGAGAUUUAAAGAUUUCUGUCAAGUGGAUGAUGAAGAAACAGUUAGAGAAUGGGUGCUUCCCGGUGAUAGGCAGAGUAUUCCACAAAGACAUGAAGGGCGGUUUACAAGAUGAUGACAGUUCCUCUACAGCGUUAACAGCGUAUAUAUUAAUUUCUCUCUUAAAAUCGGGUGUACCAUUAACACCGUCGCUUAUAAACAACGCCCUACAUUGUCUGGAAAAAGGAAUGGCGAACGGCGGUGACACGACGUACACGGCGGCUUUAUCUACGUAUGCUCUCGCGUUGUUGGAACAUCCAAAAGCGAACAACAGCUUGAAAUUACUCAUGGACCGUGCAACGCGAAAUCACGAUCUUCUUUGGUGGGAAGACAAGUACAAACCCUCUCUGGGUCUAAGUAUCGAGAUGACAGCGUACGCCGUGCUGUCGUUUGUAAAACUGGGUGGCGAAGCAAACAUGGUCGAAGCGUUGAAGGCGGUUCGCUGGAUGUCGAAGCAACGAAACGCGGAGGGCGGCUUUACGUCCACACAAGAUACUGUUCUCGGCCUCGAGGCGCUCACCAAGUACGCCGCCGCGAUGUCAAGCAACAGCACAGAUCUGUCGGUGCUUGUGACAGCUGGCGACGUUGAUCAAGUAUACAGAAUGCAUAACGACAACCGCAUGGUUCUCACACAGAUACGUUUGCCCAUAUUACCCACGACAGUUGAGAUCUUCGCCGAGGGCGAGGGCUGCGUCUUAGUACAGAGCAACAUAAAAUAUAACGUCGCACAUGCAACUGGCUCCGAAGCCUUCGAUCUUUCGGUCGGUGCUACCUCUGUAUUGGCGUCGGUUGAUGAAUGCUCGAUGCAAAAGAUUACAAUCUGCACACGAUAUAAAAUGGCAGAUGGGGAGAGUAACAUGGCACUGCUGGAAAUCGGCAUGAUAAGCGGAUACGUCCCAGAUCGCACAAGUCUUCAUUCUCUAUUAGAGGAUCCGGCUACGAAAGUAAAGCGUUUCGAAGAGGAUCGCGACGUUGUCAGCAUUUAUUUCGACAAGUUAAUCAGCCAGAAAACUUGCAUAUCGCUCAUUGUUACCAGAGAAAAUAUCGUCGAUAGACUUGAGCCAGCGAAUGUAAAACUUUAUGAUUACUAUCAGCAGGAACUGACGAUAUCUAGCAGCUACAGCUUUGCACCGACUUGUAGCAGUGCCAACCCAAGUGAAGAGGCAGAAAUUCCCAAUCCAGUGCCUGUGGAAGUGGAACAACCGGGGAAAGACAACGAAAAGAAUUCAGGCAAAGAAGAGAUAAUUGAGAAAGCGGCCAAAAAUGUUCACGAGGUAAUUCUGAAGGCGAAAAAAGGAGUUAUAGAAGAGAUAAGUAACGCCAGCCAGAAGCCGGCAUCCCAAGAAGAUCUGGUCGAACAACUCCGCGACAAGGUGACGGUAGCAAAACCGACGCUGAUAACUGGCAUACAAUCGAAGGACGAGAACGUUUCUCUGCUGGAGAAUUCCAAUUUUAAGAUAAAUACGGACGAUAUCGCUAGCGUGGCAAAUGUUCGCACAGCCAACAACAACGGCAUCGUGUCUGAUAACAUAGAUGUACCACAGAUGGAAGUCGGAAGUGGUCAAACGCCAGACGAGCCAGAUAUCAAUCUGAAUCCCGUAUUCGACAGACUUGAACCUCCCAGUAUAAAUAUUGAGGAUAUAGAAGGACCGUCAGCUUUCAACAAGCAAGAUCAAGAUGUUGAUUUUGAUGGGAACCCAAAUUUCGUAGUGGUUGACCACGAAUUAGCGACCCCCGACGGGGUCGAAGGACCCACGCCAGUCUACGUGAAACCUGACAUAACGAACAUCAACAGCGAAUCGUCGCAGGAUACAAUCAAUCGCACCGCUUCGAUGGAAGAAGCAAACUCAAGCAAAGCUUCUUCAUCAUCGCCGUCAGCAUUCGCUCCGAACGGAUCUUGUCCUCUAUGCAGUGAUGAGUUACCGGUGGACAUCAACGAGUUUUAUUGCUCCGCCAACAGCGUCGUGAAAGCAGCGAUUAGACGAUUACGAAAGGCGAGACUUCUGUUGGAUAUAUCACCGUCACAACAUAUUAAACGCCUCCGUUCUACGAUCGCAUUUGUUUUAGAUCCUGAUUGUUCCUGCUCUCCUUUAGAUACGCCUGGAGGUCUGGCGCUAAUAAUGCAUCACACGGACAGCGAGUUCGGUAAGCGUUCAAGUCAGUAUGUCUUGAACGAGUUGGUCUCCAUAUACGGAUUACAACCUGUCGGUGGUGUUCCACAAGAGAUAAUUGAUGCUCGGUUAACGUGUACAAAAUAAAAUGGACUUCCUGAUCUUUCUACAGUUGACUGAUCGUCGGUGUUGCGCCGAAAACGUUUUGUUACAUAUACGUCCCCGAUGAAGCUUAGUUCGCGAAGAGUCGUCGAGUUACGUCGAGAAGAAAUCAACUGCGAAUUUGCACAGUUGAAACUUAUCAUUACAAUUCAGUCCACUUGUUACGGAACGUCCGUGAUAAUUUGGCGGCAAAUUUCACAUAAGGUAUUUUAAUUCAUUUUGAGUAUCUUGAAUUUUCAUUUUUUACAUAUCUCUGUUAUAAAAUCCCGUCUCAACAUAAUAUACAUAACUACGUUGCGAACUCUGCAUUAUCUAGACACAGUAUCCAAAAGAGUAGGAUAUCAUUUUUAUAAUUAAAGUUAUAACGCGUUAUCGUAAUUCAUAAUUGUGAAUAGAGCGAAUAACUAAUGAGUCAAAUAAACUGUAAAUAAAGAACAGUGAUGUACGAUAUAG